GAUUAGAGUCUUGCCUAUACCAGUAUAUACCAGGUUAUGAGCCCGGGAGGUGCGAAAGUCGGGGCAUCGAGAACUGAGUGAUGUCGUUCGUGCAUCGCUGUGGGAGCAGAAGAUCCCGGAUCCGGUAUGCUCAAAGAAGUCGCAGGCUCUUAAAGAAGUCCGCAGGCGCAUCCACAACCACAUUACAAUCGCCAACCAUUGCACAUACAACAUCUCUACUAUAAACGUAUCAGAACAAUCGCUAUCAUCGCGACCAUGACGGACAAAGGUCCUCAAAUAUCCAAGGAAGAUCUUGACAACCACAUUGGCCGAACUGUCAACCAAGACGUGUGGGAGGAUGUCCACAAAAUUCAUGAAAACGAGUUUUGGGACGUCUAUAUCGCCGGUCAUCAAGAGCAGUUGCUCAAAGCCUCCCAAGCUAUCGAUAACAUACUGGAAGACAUGGAGAAGCUAGAUGCAUGGGAAGACUUCCGAAGCGAAGUCAAGAUCCUUGUGAGCAAAACCACAGGGAUCAAAAGGGCUGUUUGCCUUGCUCUUGGAAUUUUCAUACAUAAGAUCAAGGGUGUGGAAGGAAUCUGGACUCAUCAGUACGCUGCCUUUGCGUAUAUUUGCCGAGCAAUUGACGACAAGCAAAAGCGGGAAUCUGACAAAUUAGACAGCGCACCAUUUAAACCCAUAAAAAGAUGCUUUCAGGAUCCAAAGUUCGACACCCGAACGGAAUAUCUGUUGACGAAGAUUGAGCGGAAACAUGAUACUGGCGUGAAUUUCGUUAUGGAACCUCCGGACGCUACAGACAUCAUCGACGAAGACACAUUUUUGUAUGCCAUUCACAUCGAGCCAUCGAUGUGGAGAUAUAUCUUGAGGAAUGAUGAGGAUGGCCGCUCCCUUUGUCCCCAGGUCAUGAUCACCAACUGCAUCUCUGAAAAAUUCGGAGGGCUUGACCGCGACAGAACAGCCGCCGAACAAUACCACAAAGACUGCGCCCUGUCAAACCGAGCAACGUUCAGCAAGAGAUUGGACGAAAUGGAAGCGGCGUUCAAAAGAUUGUCGGAGACGCAUGCGGAGACAGCGUUUCCCUUGGUCUCUCGAAUCGCAAAUCUCGACCAACACGUCUUUAACAGAACAUCAAUUUUCCAGAAGGUUCGUGACAUUUCUUCCCAGGAGCAAAUUGUAAAGCUGAACGAAUCCAGAUACCUAUUGAGUCAGAACACAUUGACGAACCCCAGUCUGCUGAGGGCCCUGUUGCUAAAAAGGCACGAUAUCUUUGAGGAUUCGGUGAAUGUCCAGUGAGAGUCGCACUCCGGUGCGCUCUCACUGGACAUUUACUGAUGAUCAGAUUACAUCGUGCGUUUUGAUAACAGCGUUGGGAAGUUCGAGCAGGUACGUGAGAGCCCCUUCAGGUACAUACAUGCAUGCUGACCGAAGAUGUCAA